GGUCAUACCAGCAUCACAGGGACCUCCAUAUGAUAUGUCGCAGCAUACAUGUAUAUUCAAUGAACCACAACCGUGGUGUGACCAAAACCCUUUAAUUGUAGUCCUUGAUGACUCCCAUACGCCCCCAUUUCGGUUUUAAACCACCACUUGCCAUAUAGCUCUCAUUCUUCAACCCCAGUGUACCAAGCCGCUAUGAGCCCCUCUGGCGCAGUUGUGGACUGCGAAGAUCUGAUCAAUGUCCUUGACAAUCUUGUGCGCUACGAAUUUAAAAUCAAGAAUGCAAAGGACGAUUGGAAGCGGUACAUUGACGCGCUACACAAUAUUAUCCAUAUUCAAACGAUUGUUAAUGACAUUUGCAAGCACCGAUCUGGACAAAAUGAUGCCAUUAUUAUCGAAGUUGAUGGUAAAAGGAGAGAACUGGUGGCAGUAUGCAAGUCAAACCUCGACAAGCUCACCAAGGAUGCUGGGGGAAUUCUACAAACACUCCAGAAGGACGGCCAUGACCCUCAAAGAUCCAAUGGGUGGUUGAGACUGGGGAACCGGAGACGUCGGGAUCUCUUUCCCAUUGACGCAGAGAAAAUCAGAAAUCUUUUUCAGGCCGUGGAGUACGCCAAGUCAUCACUGCACGUUGCAUUUGUCGUCACUGUUCUCUCCCGUACAGACUCUGGCCAUACAAAGACUCAAAGAGCUAUCCAAAGCCUCAGAGAAGAAGAGGUGCAGCCCGUUUUGAACAAGCUCAAGGAGUGCAUCUCGACACAAUCAAAAAAGGUCGACCAGGUCCCGAGGAUCACCAAAAGGAAAAGAAAGCGUACUGCUAGCUACAGCGCCAGUACCUCCACGCACGAAGCAUCCACCCACGCGGCACAACGUUCCAACGAGACCAGACGACAGAAUCCAGUCCAGCCAACGCAAAGAGCGCCGCAUAGAGAGACAGACGAGAGUGUUCCGCCGAAUUUCACGAGCCGAAAAGACCGUUCACGCCAACACAAGGAACCUGGAAGCUCCCGCCCUGUGGCUUCUGGGGCCCUUGCAUAUGAGGAUUCCGAGACUGAAACAGAUACCCUGAAAGAUUUAGCUUUCAGCACAGACAAACUCGAUUCGCAUUCUGUAUCAGACCGCCGGGUGCAAUUUGACCUCUCCGAGAGCCAAAGCAGCUCUAAUGAAUCCCACGACGGCCGCUCCGAGGUCGAUUCUGACGCUGCAGAUAGGAACUACCUUGAACCAAUCGAAAUCUCAGAUUGCCCAAGGGUCUAUCUUGCCAAGUCGUUUGACAUCAAGCUUUGCAGGCUAGAUACCAAGGGUAAUGUGCAACUCUGCGUUGAUAGUCUUUCGGGCAAUGAUGCCGACCAGACCUUCAAACUCAAGGAGCUCUGCACAAAUUUCCCAUGUGAUCAUGCGACGAUAGAAGGAUUGGGCCGCAGAGAAAUCUUGAGAUACAAGAACGAGAGGUUUCCCAUCCGUCUCACGGGAGUCCGCAGUGGGAGAAGACGCAAAUUCACGGGCAUAAGAGGGUCGCAAAAUCCUCUGGUAUUCGGUAGAUGCUCAAGGGAGUGCAGUCACACCGCUUAUAAAGGCCUCGGGGGGGAGUAUUUGAGCUGCAUGUCUGCAGUUCAUUUCAGGGCAUCCAUUUCACAAUAAGAUUGACUUAAUGGAUUGGGUACAGAUGUCUGAAGUGUAAGGCCCGAAAGCAAGUGAUUGAAGGAAUAGAGCAUGCAUAGCCGGGGCAAGUUUCCAGAAGAUACGAAUGAGUUUGUUAUCUCAUU